GUACGCAGAUCAAAGAUGCAUUCAUCUCAAAGUCAGUUUAAAGCAGCUAGAUUUCCAGAUUCUAAGCCGAAUUUUAUCUAAACGUUAUCUUGGAGAGGUCAUCCAUUCGUCAGUUUCUAAGGAAUUUCAAAAUAAACUGGAUUAUGUGCUCUUACUUCCGAAAACCAGGUUCUGGAAGAAGUGUUUUUGUGUGGUUUAAAGUACUUACAAUUUUGUUUACUCGUGUUAAAUGUUUUAAUGUCGAUACAGAACACCCUUUGAUUUUUAAUGGAAAACCUGGAUCUAAUUUUGGUUCUACAGCCGAAAUUGUUGCGGAUUCUAAAAAAUGGGUCCUUGUUGGUGCUACAAAAGAUAAUUUCACCGACAGACCGGAAAUUCCACAUCCUGGAAAUGUUUACGCAUGCCAAGUUGAUUUCCAUUCUAAGUCCAGUUGCACAGUUUUAUCAAAUUUAAGGACUGCAGAACUUCACGCAAACAAAUCACAGGACGUAUUCGAAGAAAAAGAACAACUUUUAGGGGCCAGUAUUCUUGUACCCGAGGAUAAGACCAAAGCAAUCAAGAUCUGCGCACCAAACUGGAAGAAUUUGCGGUUCUUUAAUCCAAACGAUAAUGUGGAAGAUUACUACCAAGUGACCGGAAAUUGCUUCCUCCUGAAAAAUAGGUCCGAUCUCAUGAAUAAUCCGGUAACAAGCAGAUUCCGAAUUCCACCUGAUCUCCUCGAUUUUUACAAAGCACCACUUAUUGGAUUUUCACUUUCCGACAUCAAGACUCCAGUUUUUGAAACCCUUUAUGGCGCACCAAAUGUUGGAAGGAGUUCAACAGGAGGAAUUGUGGGUAAAAACGACGGCACACUUACCAGCGUUACGUCACUGAAACUAGAAGUGGAAAGGUCAGAGGUUAUAAAGAAUACCUACUUAACUGGGUCAUUAUUCGGUUAUAGCAUGGCGACUGGAAAUUUAGGACAAAACCCGUUUCAUUUUGUGGUAGGCGCACCUGGAUUCAGCAACAAAAACGGAAAUAUUGGCGCUUUCUCCGUAUUUAUAUUUGGUGCACCUCCAAUUCAAGUCAAACAGAUUGAAGGAAAUCAGGUUGGAGGUGGAUUUGGUCAGGCACUCUGUAUUGCUGAUGUAAAUGGUGAUAAUAAUGAUGAGAUCCUGGUCGCGGCACCAAAUUGGUUUUCUAUGGACGACCAAGGGAACAAAGUGCUCAAUGAUAUCGGAGCCGUCUAUAUAUAUUACGGCACGGGAACAUCAUCUAUUAUUGACGAUACACCGCAAAAAUUACAUGGUUCAUUUUCUCCGUUCUCAAGAUUUGGGACUUCGAUCGCUAAUAUUGGUGACAUAAACAGGGAUGGAUUUAAUGAUAUAGCUAUUGGAGCUCCGUUUGAAAACAAAGAGGGGGCUGUUUACAUUUUCAAUGGUGGAAAGCCUAAAUUAGAAGCUUUGUACUCACAGAAAAUAACCGGAUCCAAUAUAAAGCCAGGUCUUCGAGGAUUUGGAUGGUAUAUAUCAAGAACAGCAAAGGAUUUAGAUGACAAUAUGUUUAAUGAUUUUGCUGUUGGAGCCUACAAAUCAGACACAGCUAUGGUACUAAGAUCUAGAAACAUAAUUAAUGUCAACUGUGAAAUAACAACAAACCCAGACCGCAUACCCCUCAACGCUAGCGGUACAUCAUGCAGUUAUGGUCGGGAUUACAAUCCAUGUUUCUCUGUGUCUCUCUGUUUUAAUUUUACCGGGGAUGGAAUAACGGAUACUGAAAUUGAUUUUACAAUCACUGUUGAUGCAAAUGAAACACGGAAAAGAGCAGAAAUCAUCAACCAAAAGAGUCAGCUCUGGACAAAGACUGUGUCCCGGUUCAUCGUGUUUUCUAAUAAACCUCAUCGUUAUAACUUAGAACUAAGGGUACCGGUCAUCGACAGGAGGUUUUUCCAAGUCAUGGAGAGACCUAUAGUUCUUAAGGUCGAUUACAGAAUAAGUGACUCAUCACAAUCCGGGAAAGUAAGAGCUAUUCUGAAAAGGGACGUAACUCCAACAUUCUAUGGAAAGGCACGUUUUGACACCGGCUGUAAAUCAGAAGAUGGAAUGUGUCGAUCAAAUCUGAACCUUCGUGUGACUUUUGACAAGAAGAGACUUCUGAUCGGCAAUGACACCAUCUUACAAACGAAAAUACUUCUGAAAAACUCUGGGGAACCAUCCUUCAAAACUUCACUUAUUAUUAAAUACUCUGAUCUAGUGAGAUUCAAUACAAUGAAAAUAAGUCAAUCUUCCGUGAAAAUGUCUUGCGUGGAGAUGAAAAGCAAUAAUUCUAUAGAAUGUGAAAUCGAAAAUCCUUUUUAUCAACGUAUGAAAGGAGAACUGGAUAUUUUCUUUGAAGUGUCCAAAUAUCUAUUGGAGUUGACUUCCGGUUAUGUAUCUAUACAAAGCCUCGUUUUCAAUGUGACAUCCCUAACCAACAAUGACAUUUAUCCAGAAGAUAACACAGUGGUUAGAAAUGUUGAUAUAGCUGCGUUUACUCGUACCACUAUGCAGGUAUCAGCAUCAGAUGAACAGAUAACAACAGCUAACAGUAGUAUACAGUUCUCCAAUACCUACCGCCUCUUUAACGAAGGACCUUGUGUUAUAGAGAAGGUUGAUCUACAGUUCUUUAUUCCCGUCAGAACUAAAGACAAAAUCUUUAUCAAAGAAGGCGAUGUCAAGGUACAAAAUAGUGAUGAAAAAGACCAAUGCAAAAUAUCGUACUAUCCUCUCGGCACUUUGAUGACUACCACUGAGAACCCCAUAUCAGGCAGCAGCACUUUGCAGUACAAUACUUCCGGUAUAAAGGUCACACCCACGAAUGCAGAUUUUCAGCCAAUCAGGGGCAUGCUAGAGAGCUCACAAUACAUUUACUGUGACAGUGGCCUCGGACCAUACAUGUGUGCCGUAGUGGAAUGUACACUAAAUAUGGUCAAGCCCGAGGACAGCGAUAGCAGAACCUUUAGGAUACCUUUCGACAUCCUCUUGAAGGAUCUACCUGAGUUGGAAAAGGGGAAAUCUUUUUAUACGUUUGUCACACGUGGUCGUGUGAUUCCAAACAAGAAAUCAAGCGUGCCAUUGGUGUUGAGCAAAAACGUAUCAGAAGAGAUAUAUGUAGCCAUUAUUCUUCCAAACUCCUUCUCCCAGGGUGUGGAGGAAGUAGACCUAGCAAUAAUUAUCCUGGGUUCUAUAGGAGGUCUAUUAUUAUUUGUGCUUCUGGGAAUCAUCUUAUGGAAGUGUGGAUUUUUCAAAAGAGAAAAAAGAAAACAGGUUGACGAAUUCAAACGUAAAAGUCGAAAAACCCGAAUGGAAUCUGUUCGGAGCGCAAGGAGCGGUGCCGGGUCAAGUCGUUCCAAACCACCAGAAGAUCAAGAAACGCUAAAUAAAAAGUUUGAUGAAAUGGAUGAUAGUUGUUUUACAACAUGAUUUUGUUUGACAUUUAGCGUGCAACUGUAACCAAGGUUCUCAUAGAAUUAUAUCAGAAUGCGUAUACAUGUUAUGAUUCACAAGAAGCUCAAGUAUGAAGAGACUCGUUUUAGAAAUGAGAUUCAACCUUUCACCUGUGCCAUUUUUAUCUUAUAUAUAUGUGAAGAUUUCAGUCUGAUAAAUGCUUUCUUCAAGUUGCUAAAAGGGAAAUUUCAGUGCCUACAUUUUCAUGAGCAAAUGCAACUUUUGAAAGUGUAAAUGCUCAAACAGUAUGUAUUCCUUUUCUAUUAAUAGCAACAUUAUUACGCUAUCUUUGUUUACUCUCGCAGAAGUCGUAAAAUAUCUUCAUGUUUAAUAUUCUAUUUGUAUUUAAUGGAAAGAUAUAUUAAUCGUUUGCAUGGUUCUCUAUUUAUUACAUUUUCAACAGUGAAAUAUUUGUAUUUAAGGGGAAGAUAUGUAUCGAUUGCAUGGUUCUCUGUUUAUUUAUUACAUUUUCAACAGUGAAAUAGAUGUAAUAUUUUGUAUCAGUGUGAAAGAAUAUCAAAGUGAUAUUUUCAUAUCUUGAUAUUAUCAUUUAUAUACAUGUAUCAGAUAUUUGUAUGGAGGGUAUCAUUGAAAAUUUUCACCCCUCGAAAACCAUUGUCAAUUUUGGUUUAGCCUCGGUUAACAAUGGAUUCCUUGGUGUUAAAACUUUUAACGUAACCUCCACUACCUGCAAUAUAUAUAUUUGUACAUGUAUAAUGUCCAUUCAAGAACAUGAAUUCAAUGUUACAUACAGGUACAUGUAUACAAGUAUAUAUCUAGUGAAUGACAUGAAAAUAAUUUGGUAAAGGGAGGAGACAUCAGAUUUUGUCACAAUUAAAACUGUCUUAUUUUGUUUUUAAAAGAUGAUGAUUUCUAUCUGUAUGAUUACGUAAAAAAAAAAUAAAAGCUAAUGAUCUCA